UGCUCGUUGUGAUAUAAAAGCAUCGCUCGAAAUGGCGCGAACGUUUUAUUGUACAGGAAUUUUUCCACCGGUAACAUCCACCUGAUCAUCUGCUUCUCUCGUGGAUCCGCUGUUUUUGCGUUUUUCAGUUCAUCCAACAUGAAAGUGAUCGUCUGUCUGUGCGUUGUGGCGCUGGCUGCCGCCGCCUUGGGCGCACCCCAGGAACGUGAUGGAGCCGCCCUCACGAACGAAGCAAUCCGACAGGCCCAAUCGCAGCGUCUGAUCCCGAGCGAUGCCACCAUCCAGGGAGUCCAGGAGGGUAUCCAGGUGGCGGCCAUCGAAGCCAUCCCCGGAGACCAGCGGGUGGAUCUGUUCCAACUGCUCGGCGAUCAGGUCCCGAAGGAAGUGAUCACCAAUCUGCAGUCGCAGGUCGAUCAGGUCGGACACAACUAAAGGGGGAGCAGCGGAAUUGGAAUGAUUUUCCCGGUUUAGGGAAUGAUUUGAAGAGUUACUAUCACCAGGCUCAUGUCUACCGGACUACGGAUCGGAUUUUUCGAGCUGACACAAAAACGCCAUGGUUAGGAUUAAGUAGUUUCAUAAAAGUUUUAUUUUAUUACGGUACGACCAACUAGUGCUGAAUGGAACAAGAUGCAUUGUUUCUCUCUUAUAAACAAAACAAACAAAAUUUAUGUGUUACCUUUUUAGACUAAACUUGUGCCACAAUCACUUGUUAUUCUUCCACGAUAGUGCCAAUUAGUCUUUUUGCAGCUUUCUACCUGCCGGAAGGAUUAGUUAAACAGUUGUUUUAUAGCCCAAUAAGGAACGAUUUCGCUACUGAAUAAAGUUCG